AUGGAUCUAGUUUGGGCAUCUUUGAUUCGUAAUACGAGGAAAUCUAGUGUAGUUGAAGACAAUACGCACCAACCUAAAACUUUGAAAACAUUGUGUAGGGAGGUUAUCAAUGCUAAAAUAAAUACUUGUGAAGUGUUUGAAGCUAAACUAAGUGAAACAGUUGUUAACGAGGUGUUUCAAAACCGGGUUCAAGACUUCGCCAUGAGUUUUGAUUUGGACGACUCUGUGUUAUUUAGAAAUAUAUUCGGCCCCAUAACCGACUUUUGGGGUGAAGAAGCUUUGAGGCGGUUUUGGGGGUUUAGGAGUGAUGGGGUUAUGAUCGAAUCCAUAUUCGGAUCGUUAUUACCGGCCGCAGAGCAAUUCUGCGUUACAGAUAAUUUCUACCAUACGACCUAUGGUAGAGUGUGCGAACAAUGCGUACAGCAGAAUUGCCUGAAAAGGGCUGGGAUUGAAUCUUUAAUUAUCCAUGGAAUGCGAGGAUUUGACGACAAUGAUAGAGUUGGAAUGGUUUUUACCAACGCUGAAUUUCCGGAUAGGCCCCUAGCAAUUUCUUUGAGAAAAAGAAGCCAACUGACGACUACUGUCAUUCUCAAUACUCUGGGGAUUGUGCUGCAGAGCAACUCUAGUUUUUUCACAAAUAAUGAACUUACUUUGUCCAUCGACAGGGUACAGAUCCCCGCCAGACGUAGAAGGGUUUCUUUGAAAGGAGCAACAUUCGUCGAGUUCUGCAGGAAAAAACACGGUAUCGUAAUUAUUAAUAAUGAUGAUAACUAUUGUUUAGCUUAUGCUCUAGAGUUGGGUAUAGCAUAUCGUAGCGAUAUUACUGAUUUUAAAAAUCUUUAA